GAGCAGGUGCUGGAAAUCUGCAAAUUGUGGAAAGGCCGGCAGGGGAAAUCAGAUAGUGAAAUGGGAUCGUGGUGGAGCUGUAGACCGAACAGAACUUGAACUUCCUCUGUCGGUGCAAGCAGCGCUCGCAACCUGCUUUGUUACUUUCUUGCAGUCAUGGAAUUGAUUUGGGUGGUGCUGGCGGUGCUCGCCUUCUACUUCGGGUUCUUGCACCGCUGCACGGGGUGCUGCACCAGACCGGUGAUCCGGGAGAAGGGCAAGAUGGAUGGGUGGUACGGUUACGGUGUGAAAGACGUGCUAUCCAUUGGUUUUUCUGGCCUUGCACUGAGAGUAUGCUCGCAUCUAGCGAACACAAUCUUUGGGCAACUGAUCUUAAUGCCACUGAUCAUGAGAAUGGCAAAUCUUACUUUGCUACGGCAUAUAGUUAUUCCAGAAGAUCCUACAUUCAUUCCUGUUGUUAACCCUGAGAAUAGCAAUAAGCCACCAAGACAUGAUAGCAACGAAAGUAUUCUGAAUGAACUCCUGCAGCUAAGUGUUACAGAAGAGAGGCAUGGAUUCAACUUCAAAAGCAUUUCUGAUUUUGUCCAAGCAUACACGUCAGGUAAAAUUACUCCGACCCAAGUUGCUAAGAAUGUGAUCAGAGCUCUGGAAGAUGCCGAUCAAACAACUACUCCGUUGCGGGCUAUUGUGCAAUAUGACAGUCACCUGAUAAUGAAGAUGGCAGAAGCCUCCACUGCUCGGUACAGAGACAAUACACCUCUUUCCCCACUGGAUGGAAUUCCUGUGUGCAUUAAGGAGGAAAUGAAAGUUGUUCCAUACUAUCAUCGGGUGGGAACUCUUUAUCUUGGUGAGGAGCGAGAAACUGAGGAUGCCACAGUUGCCAGAAAGUUACGAGAGGCUGGGGCAAUUAUCAUUGGUGUAUCCAAUAUGCACGAGCUUGGAUUGGGAGUAACUGGCUGCAAUGUCAACAGGUAUCAUGGUGUACCCAGGAACCCCUACAACCCUCAGCAUUUCACGGGAGGAAGCUCCAGUGGUUCAGGAGCAGCUGUAGCAGCAGGCCUUUGUCCAUUGGCGAUUGGGAGUGAUGGAGGAGGUUCCAUACGAAUCCCAGCAUCGUUUUGUGGGGUGGUAGGACUGAAAGUUACUUUUGGUCGAAUCAGUUCCUAUGGGUCUCAUCCUCUUUCUUAUUCUACUGUUAGUUUGGGUCCAAUUUGUACCUCUGUAAAAGAUGCUGCCAUGGCCUAUGCAAUUCUGGCUGGCCCAGACCCUAAUUACUCAUACAGUCUGCAUCAGCCAUCAUUGAAUUUUGAUGAAAUUGCACUUCCUGAUUUGGAGAAUCUAAGAUUUGGAAUAGAUUGGAAGUUCUUCACGGACUGUGAUGCUAAAGUUUUGGAUGUUUGCCAGAAAGCGGUACAGCACCUAACAACUUUGGGUGCAACAGUGGUAGAUUUGCACAUCCCAGAGUUGGAGGAAGCACAGACUGCUCACUUUAUCUGUAUUAUGAGUGAGGUGGGACAGUUCUUGAACAUGGAUUUUAAUAAUCAAUACGACAAAAUGAAUCUAGAUACUCGUGUAAGUUUAGCUCUUGCAUCGAAAUUCACAAGUUCUGACUACAUACAGGCUUGUCGUCAGCGAUCACGGGCUAUGCAUUUUCUGAAAGAAAUUUUCAAAGAUGUGCAAUGUAUCAUUACACCAGCGAUACCCAACACUGCUCCACCUUCUAAAUCCUCUGACUUCAGAUAUGGUUGCUGUGAUCUUCAUACCCUUUUCAGCACAAUGAGAUAUAUGCAGCUUGCAAAUCUCACAGGAAUUCCCUCUCUCGUGGUUCCUGUUGGAUACAGCUCCUCUGGUCUACCCAUUAAUCUUCAGAUUAUGAGUAAAUGGUGGGACGAAGCAAUCCUUUUCAGAGUUGGAUUGAAGGUGGAACAGUUCCGUGCUGAAACUAAGAAACCUCAGAUUUAUUACGAUCUUCUGUAAUGAAGCAUUCAUUACAAGGUGGUGUUUUUUUUUUUGCAGUUUAGAGCCAAUUCUCCCUAUGUACUCAAAUAAAAAAAAUAAUCAAACCUUGUAUAUGUAAAGUCUGAAACUUGAAGCUGUCUUUCUAUUCAAAGGUUCUGCUGUGUCUCCAGUUUAUUUAUCCCAAUACAUGUGUUGGAUUGUAUAAGAGCACCAGUGCAAGAAUGCAGAUUAGUUAGUUGGUUGCAGCAUAGGUGAGAAAUUAUUUCUUUUGCUGAUUAUCUGUUGUCAUUAAGCCAUACAGCACGGAAACAGGCCCUUUCGCCCAACUCGUCCAUGUUGACUGAGAUGCCUACCUGAGCUAGUCCCAUUUGCCUGCGUUUGGCCCAUAUCCCUCUAACCUUUUCCUAUCCAUGUACCUGCCCAAAUACCUCCUUUAAAUGUUGUAAUUGUACCCACUUCCUCUAGUAGCUUGUUCCAUAUACCCACCACCCUCUGUGUGGAAAAACAUGCCCCUCUGGUCCCCUUUAAAUCUUUCCCCCUCACCUUAAAUCUAUGCCCUAUCUAGUUUUAGACUCCCUGACCCUAGGACAAAGACUGUCACUACCACCUUUUCUAUGCCCCUGAUGAUUUUAUAAAUCUCCUAUAAGGUCACUGCUCAGUUCCCUUCAGCAGGGAAGUUAGUCAAGUUUAUUGUCAUGUGCACAAGUACUGUGAUGUUCAAGUACAAUGAUGCUGCUGCAAGCAAGUUUUUCACAGGCACAUAAGCACAGACAACACACAGAAUAUAAAUUAUACAAGACAGUGAAGAUUGUGUGAAAACAGUGCAAAAACAAAAAAAAAACACUAUCAGAGACAAGUCUAUUGUAGUGCAAUAGGUGGCCCAUAGUGUUUGUUGCUGAGGUAGGGUUAGGGUUGUGCAUGUUGGUUCAAGAACCUGAUGGUUGUAGAAAAGUAGCUGUUCCUGAACCUGGUGGUGAGGGACUUUAGGGUAUCCAGUCUUUCCUUGUAACUCAAGUCCACCAGUCCUGGCAACAUCCUUGUGAAUUUUUUCUGUACCCUUUUUAUUGAGAAAAUGUAAUAUGUUUAUGUAUGUACAACAAAUGUUCUUGUGCAAAUCAUGGAGUGCAUGGCAAGCACAAAGUUUAAAUAGACAAAAGCUCUUGAUUUCAAGAAGGAACCUAAUUCUAAAUUUGAAGGAACUUAGUAAAACUCAAUUUUCCUGAACUUGUGGCCCUGAUAUUGCCACUUUUGCUGUUAGUCAUUAAGCACCUUAAACAUUAAAUUUGGAAAUCAAAGAGAGGUUUUGUGGCCACAAUAUUAAUUCAUUGUUUCUUGAUGCAGGUCUGACCUAAGUAUAAAUGUAAAACUGAAAGAUUUGCCCAGUAUUUCUCUUGUAAUAUUUCACCAAUAAAAAGAAAACUGUUUAAAAAUGUAAAUCUUUAGAUGUGAAAUGCUUGCACAUUCAAAAUUCUAGAUUCUGAUGACGGACAUUUUUUUUAAGUUGUUUUGAGUUGAGAUAAAAUUAACAUUUUUAAACAGUUUUCUUUUUAUUGGUGAAAUAUUACAAGAGAAAUACUGGGCAGAUCUUUCAAUUUUGGCAUGGAUGUAAAGUGAUGAUAUAGGUUGAACCACCUGCCUAUAUCUUACUCAGUCUGUCAAGUUUACUUUUCUACUGAAAAUCCAAAAAACUGCAGACACAGAAAAUCUGAAAUAAACAUAGAAAAUGCUAUAAAUACGUAGCAGCAUUUGUGCAAAGAGAAACAGUUAAUGUUUCAGGUCCGAGAAUCUUCAUCAGAUCAGAACAAAUGAGAAACAAGUUAAUCCAGGUACCAGAGAAGAUGGGGAGGAAGUAUUGAAGCUGUUAAAGGGGAGCUAAGCUCCUUUUUGUCUGUGUGAUGUGUUGCUUAUGUUGUAAAGUCUGUGGCUGACAUGCCUGUGGGCCAGACUAUACAAGUGAAAGAAAAGUGGGGGGGGGGGGGUGUGGGGGUGGGAUUGAAAGGGAAAACAGAAGACUGAGUUAUCUCAAGUUGGAGAAUUUUACAUUCAGUCCCUCAGGCCACAGUGUGCCAAGACAAAAGAUGAGGCAUUGUUUGUGGAACUGCUGUUGGGAAUGUUGCAGCCUGCAGUGUUUAUAUAAGGCCCAACCCAAGCUCAUCUCAUCUUCCAUCUAGGCACACUAGGGCCUGAAGCACUCAAUGCUGAAUUCUCCAGUUUUUGGGUAACUUUCUUUCUGUUUGGAUUGCGACUGGUCAUUUUUGCCUGCCAUCCCUGUUUUUUUUAAAAACCUUUCUUUCAAUUGUAUAGCCUGGCCUGCUGAGCAUGUCCCAGUAAACCAGACUUUACAACAUUACCAACAUAUUACACAGGCAAAGCUCAUUAUUUCACCUGUAAGAAAAUUCCCUUACCCCGAAACACCACACACACACACACACACACACACACACACACACACACACACACACACACACACACACA